CAAUGUGCAGACUUUAACAAAAUAUUAUAUCCAAUGGGCAUGCGCGGCGUGCUUGGACAUGAAAAUGUAAAUAAACAACGGUUAGCGAAUGACAAAAAUUGUAAUUUUGUCGUCCAUGGUUGUCUCAUACUGUCAUUUUGAUGAUGAUUAACUGGGACAAGAAGGAUGAACGUAAUGGAUGACACAUUGGCCGAUGAAUCGGGUAUACCGUUUCUAUCCAAUACAGAUGAUAUACCUGUGCAUAGUACCCCUAUAAAGGGUACCAAGAUUCCUCUUCCCUCCACAAAAGAUGUCAUGAAGCAGCUUCUAAAUAGACCAGGCAGGUACGAGGAAUACACUGAUGCUGAGAGCUUACAGUCCAUCAGACAUUCUGACAUUCACCUUCAAGCUAAUGGUCAAGCAAGUGCACAGAAAGGUCAAGGUCAAAAUAGAGCACUCACUGAAGAUCGAAAUUUUGUAAGAAAGAGUAAUGAUUACAGAAAUGAAGUCAGGAAUUCUGUCAGAAACACACAGGACCUUUCAGAUAUUGAUAAUUUGAGGCAUAAAACCAGAAAUUAUGCUGACAUUCGAGCGAUUCAGCCUGAAAGGUCAAGGUCACCAACUCACAAUAAAUUAAGUGCCUCGUCAGAACUCGGAGAUGUAUUCAAAAGGCUAAAAGACGUGCCAACAAGGUACAGAUAUUCUGCUGAAGAACGGAAGAGAAGUAGUCCGGUAAAUAAUGAUAAAACAUUAGAACAGAGUGACAUAAAAAGCUCACAGUCGAGAUUUAGAUCUGACCGGUCAUCUGGUGAUGACAGAAACACAAAUGCGUAUUCAAGCAGUAAAAAUAGGUCGAAAUAUUUAUCCAUGGAUGCACCGGACAGCAAAACGGAUUCAGCGGAAAGUGGGUACAGACAUAAGAAAGAAUAUACAACAGAAAGAAAGGAGAAUGAUAAAAGAGAUAAUGGUCAAACAUCAAAACAAGAUGAAAUGAGAAGUGAAGGUAGUGAUAGAUUUGUAGAAAGGACAGAUCCUAGUAGUGAUAGGAAAAGAUUUACCGUCAGUAGUGGUGCACGACAGAACACGAACAACACCACACCUUACAGCCGUUCUUUAUUAAACAGUAUUCAGAACACAAGUUUAUCAGAGUUAGAGAACACGACGUUAAAUAAACAGCGUCAAGAGAUUAAGUUGUUGAUGGGCGAACUAAAGGACCGUGACCGUGAACUUAGUGACAUGAUGACAUCACAUCAACAACAACUGGUUGCUUGGCAACAAGACAGGGACAGACUGGUUAUGUUGGAGAGAAAAUGUAUACAGCAUGAAGAGGAGCUACGAGUAAAGGCGUCUCAACUAAGAAAUGCUCUUGGUAACUUGAAGGUGAUGAAGACAACGGAAGGCGAGAAUAAGAGAGACUUAGAUGAAUUGAGGUCAACUGUCGGCCAGUUAUCUCUGGAAAACACUGAAUAUAAAGAAGAAAUCUCUCAACUUAAGGAUGUGUGUCACAUCAGUGUGGAAUUGAACGAGACGUUACAUGAAAAUGUCAAUGAUUUGUCAUCAAAAUUGGGCAAGCUUGAGACGAGGGAGGAAGAACUGACCGCUAGUCUUAGACUAAAGGAGAAGGAUAUUUCCUCGGCAACGGGUCACAUGAGAGAUUUGAGUGAACGACUACAGCAGCUUGAUCUUAAAUGUAAGGAGUGUCAGGAUCGUGAGAGGGACGCACUGAGAGAGAAACACGAGUGGAAACAACGAUAUGAGAACCUUAAAGAUGAAUUCAAUGCUUUAGCAGGUGACAUGGAUCUGAGAAGGAAAGAGGCUGUACGAUUAGCAGAAGAGAAUAAAUCUGCCAGGCAACAACUUGCUCUUGUACAUAAAGAAGCCAGUAUGUACAAUUUAUGCUAUUUUAAU